AUGGCGCCACCCCGCCUCCUCUUCGCUGCGGUUCUCGCCGCGCUGAGCACGACCGGCUUGGCGACCGCCGACCUGCCGGUGUCGGUGCAGUACGACGCCACCUUCACCAUCGCGGCCUCGCGCGGCGCGAUCUGCUCGGGCGCCGGCAAGGCGCCGGCCGGCACGGCCUGUCCGCUCAAGGGCGACGUGGCCACGGCCGACUGCCACUCGUACCUCUUCUCCUUCGACGGCAAGCAGUGCACGGCCAAGGAGGACGCCGAGUGCGCCAUCGUGCUCGGCGAUACGUGGGGCUGCGUCUUCCCGUCCGUCUCGGGCGGGACGGCCACGCCCUGCCCGACCACCUACGAGUCCGGCACGUCCGACGUGACCCCUGCUGCCACGAAGGGCGGCGACCAUGACUACCCCAGCUCCACCCCGGCACCCACCACGCCGUGCCCGGGUACCAACCUGCCCAUGCCAAUCGACGACACGCCGACACCGGCUCCGACCAAGGAGGAGUCUGGCUCGGCAGGCUACACGCCAGCACCGACCACGCCGUGCCCCGAAGAGGAGAAGCCGACACCAGCUCCGCCCAAGGAGGACCCCGGAAACUCCGUGCCCCGAGACCCCAGCUCCAGAGACACCAUGCCCCGAGACCCCAGCCCCGGAAACUCCAUGUCCCGAGACCCCAGCUCCGGAAACUCCGUGCCCCGAGACUCCAGCUCCGGAAACUCCGUGCCCCGAGACUCCAGCUCCAGAGACGCCAUACCCCGAGACCCCAGCCCCGGAAACUCCGUGCCCCGAGACUCCAGCUCCGGAAACUCCGUGCCCCGAGACUCCAGCUCCAGAGACGCCAUGCCCCGAGACUCCAGCUCCGGAGACACCAUGCCCCGAAACACCAGCUCCAGAGACGCCAUGCCCCGAGACCCCAGCCCCGGAAACUCCAUGUCCCGAGACCCCAGCUCCGGAAACUCCGUGCCCCGAGACUCCAGCCCCGGAAACUCCGUGCCCCGAGACUCCAGCCCCGGAAACUCCAUGUCCCGAGACCCCAGCUCCGGAAACUCCAUGUCCCGAGACCCCAGCUCCGGAAACUCCGUGCCCCGAGACUCCAGCUCCAGAGACGCCAUGCCCCGAGACUCCAGCCCCGGAAACUCCAUGUCCCGAGACCCCAGCUCCGGAAACUCCGUGCCCUGA